ACUUGAACAAAAAUUUGUUAUUGAAACGAGGGAUUUUUAUCUUACAAAUUAUCAACCAAGAUCAUCUCCUGAUUACAAGAAUAUCGUUCAAGCAAUAAUCACUCGUUAUCGUGAAAUUUUGAAUAAUCAAAAUUUUUCUGAAGUAAUUCCUGCAGCAUUAAUGUGUUAAUGUGAAAUGCUUCAUUUAUUCCUGUCGUUAACGCGUUUUUUUUUUCUCUAUGCAGCGAGAAUUUUGCAAACGUUUAUCAACUUCUAUUCAUAAUCAACGUGCCGCAAUUAGGCGUAGAGCCGCAGGAAAAAGAAGGAUAAGAAAAAAAAAUACUAUACAUGCAACAAGUUUAAUAACUGAAAUUAACUCAAAUGGAAACAACGAUCACGUACGGCUACCUAUUAGACAAAACAAGUUCUACAAGUCAUAAUGUGUUUCUUUUCUCUGCAGAUAAAUGAAAAUAUUGAAGAGCAAACAAUCGUGUUAAAUAAUGCAGAUGCAAUUAAUUUAAUUUUACGAGAACUUGAUGAUAAUGAAAAUCCAGAUAGUAAUAACAUUAGUAAUAAUGUUACGACGUUCGAUACCAGUACAACGGAAGUUAAAGAAUUUAUACAACGUUGUGGCAAUGAUUCGAGUUUUGAAAUUGUAUCAGAGCAAAAUUCAAAAGUUGAUGAGAGUUCAUUAGUACCACCUCCAUUAAUCUCCACUACCCGUUGCUUAUUGGCCGAACAAAAUACUCCAUAUUCAUCAUUUAAAUUUGCAUCAUCUAUGUCGUCAUCUUCACUUUCAUCAACAACAGCAGUACAACAACAAACAACCGGACCAAGGUUUUAUUCAUCAAUAGUAUUAGCCCCAACUCAAAUUACAGCAUCGAAAACUUCAACAGCACCUCAAGGUCGAAUUAUUGUCCGUUCUCUUGUACCAAAUACAAUUAAGCGAAUUAAAUUAGACCAGCAACGUCCAAAUGGUAAUAACCGAACAGUCACUGCACCUUCCACUCAGCAAAUUACUGAACAUCGAUUAUUAACAACAACCGAUAAUAGCGAAAAAGUUCAUUUUGUGUUUACAGACAAGUUAUCUGAUAGUAUAAUCGCCUCUUCGACACAACCAUCAACAUUAAGUAUUACAAAUGUUGAGUAUGAUCGUUUAACAAAUGAUUUACGUAAAUUAAGUCAAAAACUUAACAAGCAAAAAAACAGAGCUAUUUCCGAUGCGCAUUUAACUGUUUUAAAACAUGCACAACAAAUGACAUUUUGUACACGGCGUGAUUUAAUAAAAGGGAAUGAUACAUUAUCGUUAUCGCAAAAAUUACUGAUUUAUCCCGAACUUCUUGCCGAAGAAAUGAUACUUCUUGAAUUUUCAAUGUUAACAAGUCGGUUAAGAGAGGAUCAUCAACAGAAAUUUCGUAAUAUGUUGAACAAGUUAAUUUCUAAAUAUGAAAUACCUUCUACAAGAUACUCACAAAGUGAGAUUGAUUUACUUGCAAUAACUGCAGUAUGUCGAGAAAUGAAAACACCAUGUUUCAUUACCAAAGUAGGUUGUAAUAAUUAUUACUAGUAUU